UAUCUUUGUUAGAGAGAACUAGUAGAAAAGAAAGCAUGGAAGAGCACUAACAUUUCAUCCUCUCUUAUUACUCUUGGAAACCAACAACAAUUUUUUGUGAGAGUCACUAAAAGAGUGAAUGAAUAACUAAAUUUUCCACACUACUAUAUAAAAUAAAAGAGAGAAGAAGAACAACAAUUAUCACCACCAAGAUCCAUUGAAUCAUUCAUUCUUCUUCUCUCUUUCAUAAACCCACCAACUUCAUUAUUUUUUCACCACUACUCUCAUCAACCUCCGCCGUUUUCAAUGGCCGCCGCCGCCACCACCACCACCAGUUCUUGGCUUGAACCUGCUUCUUGCAUGUCAGUCACGUGCAGCGAGCCUGACCGUAUCAGAACCUCUUUUCAUCACUCUCGCAGAAUCAAGAACUUUUCGAUUUCGUCUUUCCAUCUCAACAACAGCAACAACACUAACACUCUCUUUCGAUCCAUUUCGCACAAACGAAAACCUAUUCGUUAUGGUAAAACAAUGGCAGUAGCUUUGGAACCUGCCCAAGAGGUCACAACAAAGAAAAAACUUCCUACAAAGCAAAGACGAGUAGUUGUGACAGGUUUGGGUGUGGUUACACCACUUGGUCAUGAUCCAGAUGUCUUCUACAAUAAUCUACUCAAUGGUGUUAGUGGUAUAAGUGAGAUUGAGAAUUUUGAUUGUGCAGAAUUUCCAACAAGGAUUGCUGGUGAAAUUAAGUCUUUUUCAACCGACGGCUGGGUAGCACCAAAGUUUUCAAAGAGAAUGGAUAAAUUUAUGCUCUAUCUGCUAGCGGCUGGAAAAAAAGCAUUGAUUAAUGCUGGAAUUACUGGAGAUGUAAUGGACGAGUUAGAGAAAACCAAAUGUGGAGUUUUAAUUGGCUCAGCAUUAGGUGGCAUGAAGGUUAUUAGUGAUUCCAUUGAAGCAUUACGGAUAUCAUAUAGGAAGAUGAAUCCUUUCUGUAUUCCUUUUGCAACAACAAAUAUGGGUUCUGCCAUGCUUGCAAUGGAUCUGGGAUGGAUGGGCCCCAAUUAUUCUAUCUCUACAGCUUGUGCAACAAGUAACCAUUGUAUAUUGAAUGCAGCAAACCAUAUCAUCAGAGGUGAAGCAGAUGUGAUGCUUUGUGGUGGUUCAGACUCUGCUAUUAUACCAAUAGGUUUGGGAGGCUUUGUGGCAUGCAGGGCACUCUCGCAACAGAAUACCGAUCCUUCUAAAGCGUCACGCCCUUGGGAUACUAAUCGUGAUGGGUUUGUCAUGGGUGAAGGGGCUGGUGUUUUGGUUUUAGAAGAAUUGGAGCAUGCUAAGAAAAGAGGUGCAAACAUAUAUGCAGAAUUUCUAGGUGGAAGUUUCACCUGCGAUGCGUAUCACGUGACUGAACCACAUCCUGAUGGGGCUGGUGUAAUACUUUGCAUUGAAAGGGCAUUACUUCAAUCUGGAGUUUCAAAAGAGGAUGUGAAUUACAUAAAUGCUCACGCCACAUCAACACCAGCCGGCGAUCUUAAGGAGUACCAAGCUCUGAUUCAUUGUUUCGGUCAAAACCCCGAGCUUAAAGUGAAUUCUACCAAAUCUAUGAUCGGUCACCUACUAGGUGCAUCUGGUGGGGUAGAAGCAGUAGCAACAGUACAGGCAAUCAGGACAGGGUGGGUUCAUCCUAAUAUCAACCUAGAAAACCCAGAUAAAGACGUGGAUACUAAAGUGCUUGUAGGCCCAACAAAAGAGAGACUGAAAAUCAAGGCUGCAUUGUCUAAUUCAUUUGGAUUUGGGGGACACAAUUCUUCAAUUGUAUUUGCCCCUUAUAAGUGAAGCAAAUUUCGGAUAAUAUUACAUUCAUGUUAUUAAUAUUAAGUUACCAAAUACCAAGAGAAUGUGUUGAGAUGAGUUUAUGGUGGCUUAUAGAGAAAGUGCAUAGAUUGUUGUUAUAUGGUGCUUGUGGUGGGAGUGAGUGGGGUUAUCUUCUCUCUAUCUUUAGCAUGAAUGGCUAAAGUAGGAAUAGGCCCCUCCUUUGAUGUAACCUUUUAACAACCACUUUGGUUGAAUAUAGUAUCAAACAAUCUUUUUAUAUUUUAUAUUUUAUUUCCA